AAAUUGUGACAUUGACAGAUUGGCAGUGUAAUUAGUUCGAGGUUCGAGGGAAAAGGGUGAAGAAUACCGGAUAAUAUAUCAGAUAAAGGCAAAACUAUUUUGGAUUUAACAGAAUAGAAGUUCACAAUGACUUGUUCAGAUUUAAUGCGAAAGUAUUCUCGAUAUUUACUUGUUUUGUUCAACAUAUUUUUUUCGAUAACAGGUGUAAUAAUUAUAUCUGUAGGGAUCAGUGCCAAAGCUUAUUACCAUGAAUUCGAUACCUUUUUGGAUAACAAAUAUUUUUAUGUUUCCGAUUUGUUAAUUAUUGUUGGAGCCAUAAUAUUUUUAAUCGCUUUCUUCGGAUGCUGUGGAGCUGUUAAGGAAAAUUCCUGUAUGACAACAACGUUCUCUACAUUGUUGAUUAUCAUCUUCAUACUGGAAAUUAUAGCAGGAGUAAGUGGUAUGCUAUUAAAAAAUAAAACUGAAGCUUUCCUCACAGAAACUUUAAAUACCACCAUGAAACAAUACUCUGAAAAUAACACUGAAAUUGCAGAAAUUUGGGAUAAAGUUCAAACAGAGUUUAAAUGUUGUGGCAUUUACAACAGUACCGAUUGGACUGAUGUUGGCAAUAAGGAAAUACCCAUGUCUUGCUGUAAAAUACCACCUGCAACGAUGAACAGUUUUCAGUGCAAUACAACUAAUGCUUAUCAUACUGGUUGCUUACAAGAAUUUGGGGAUUUCAUUAGAGAUCACGUUACAACUAUUGGGGGUGUUGGUAUAGGAUUAGCUGCGAUACAGCUUUUGGGAAUCCUUUUGGCAUGUUACUUGGCUAAAGCUAUAAGAAGCGAUUAUGAAACUGUUUAAAUUUUAUUAGUUCUGUAAUAUAAACAGUGUGAAGUUUCGAUUGACUACUACUAGUACUAGAUAUAGUUUUAGCUUCAAUAAAGGAAAUUUAUUACUUGCUUAUAUUAA